AUGAAUUCAGUUUCCCUGAAAACAGCAAGAAGUUUAUUAUGGUGGAGAACUCUACAUGGGCCUGUGUCCCUGCUUGAGAACAAUAUAGCACGUUACUUGUCACUUGUGAUCCUGACAUUCAUGUUCCAUAUUUUUGCACUUCAUGGACCUGUUAAUUAUGUAAACAAGCCACAAUCUUCAACAGAAAAUGUCCUCAUUCUGGAAUACAUGGAUGGUGUUCGUUUAAAUGACCUUGAAUCACUACAAGCUUUGGGUGUUGACAAACAAAAGCUCGUGGAAGAAAUCACACGGGCGUAUGCUCACCAGAUUUAUGUUGAUGGAUUUUUUAAUGGUGACCCUCAUCCUGGAAACUUUCUUGUGAGCAAGGAACCUCCACAUCGUCCAAUCCUUCUUGAUUUUGGGCUCACUAAAUCACUAUCAAGCUCUAUGAAACAAGCUCUAGCGAAAAUGUUUCUGGCAUCUGUUGAGGGUGAUCAUGUUGCACUCCUAUCUGCUUUUGCAGAAAUGGGCCUUAAGUUACGCUUGGACAUGCCAGAGCAGGCGAUGGAGAUAGCAAAUGUGUUUUUCCGUGCAUCAAGACCAGCAAAUGAAGCUCUUGAAAAUGUCAAAUCUUUAGCUGAGCAAAGGGCUAGAAAUAUGAAGUUCAUACAAGAAAAGAUAAAUCUUAACCAAAAUGAAAUAAAAUAUUUUAAUCCGGUUGAUGCUUUCCCAGGUGAUAUUGUUAUAUUUACCCGUGUCAUCAAUCUGCUCAGAGGGCUUUCAUCGACAAUGAAUGCUCGAAUAGCAUAUUUUGAUAUUAUGAGACCAUUUGCUGAAUCUGUUUUACAGAGGAGCCAUAGUGAAGGCUCAUCACUGAACAAAGAUUGGAUCUUCAAUAGCCCUGCCCAUUCUGAUAUUGAAGUCAAGCUGAGAAAUCUCCUAACUGAACUAGGGAAUGCCAAUAAAAUCCUUGGAAUCCAGGUAUGUGCCUACAAAGAUGGAGAAGUGAUCAUUGAUACUGCUGCUGGAAUUCUGGGAAGAUAUGAUCCUCGACCGGUUCAACCUGAUAGCUUAUUUCCAGUUUUCUCAGUAACAAAGGGAAUCACAUCUGGGCUGUUACAUUGGCUAGUUGAUAAUGGGAAGUUGAGGCUUGAGGAUAACAUCCAAAACAUUUGGCCAGGAUUUGGAUCAAAUGGAAAAGAUCAAAUAAAGGUUCAUCAUGUGCUUAACCACACCAGUGGUCUGCAUAAUGCUCUAGCUGAGCUUAUGCGGGAGAACCCAUUGCUAAUGACUGAUUGGGAUGAAUGUUUGAACUGCAUGGCUAUGACAGCCCCUGAAACUGAACCUGGCAGUCAGCAGCUGUACCACUAUUUGUCAUUUGGUUGGCUUUGUGGAGGCAUUAUAGAGCAUGCAUCAGGAAAGAAGUAUCAGGAAAUUCUCGAAGAAGCAUUUAUUCAUCCUCUUAAGAUUGAUGGCGAGCUGUAUGUUGGAAUUCCUCCAGGAGUGGAGUCCCGGCUGGCCACGCUAACUUUGGACAUGGAUGAUCUAAACAAGAUCUCUACUAUUGGCAACCGUUCAGACCUACCUUCCAGCUUCCAGCCACAAGAUAUUUUGCAGCAGCUGACCAGUCUUCCUUCUCUGUUUAACACCCUCCAAGCUCGCCGAGCCAUCAUACCAGCUGCAAAUGGACACUGCUCAGCUCGUGCACUUGCACGCUACUAUGCUGCACUUGUUGAUGGAGGGGUGGUGCCAGCACCCCAUUCUUCUUCGGGGCCUCCACUUGGAAGCCAUCUUCACACUCCAAAAUUUCCUACUAAGAAUAUUUGCAAGAAAAAUAGAGCUGCAAAUAUCAAAAACUUGUUGACUGCAUCGAAGAAGAUUGGUAACUUUCACCAACGGCAAGAACAUGAUAGUUCUGGUGGAGGUAAUUCUCGCAGGACUGCAAGGGGUAACAGUUACACUAGAGUUCCUAUCGACUCUAGCAGUAGCAAACCUUGUGCAUCUGAAGGUGAUAGUUUUGAUGGUAGAAAUGUUAGCAAGCUCUUCUGUAGCCCUCGGAUUCAUGAUGCUUUCAUGGGCGUUGGAGAAUAUGAAAAUCUUGCCCUUCCAGAUGGGCAGUUUGGGCUUGGUUUUAAGAGAUCUUACACAAUGAGUGGCGACAUUGUUGGCUUUGGGCAUUCAGGUAUGGGUGGCUCUACUGGCUAUUGCAACAUAGAACACAGAUUUGCAAUAGCUGUGACUAUCAAUAAGAUGUCAAUGGGGACUGUAACUGCUAAAGUAAUCGAUUUAGUUUGCACAGAGCUUAAUAUCCCAUUGCCAAAGGAGUUGCGUAGGUUUGUGGAGGGAUCACCUGAUGACGUGCUAAAUUCGGGAACACCUAUCAUCAAUUGAGGGAAAUCCAUUUUCACAAGUUUUUUUUAUUGUGCAAAUAUGUACAUGGAGGAGCAUUUGUUGCCUCAUCCUUUGUUAAGUUUAAGAUUUGGGUUUUGGGUGCUGAAGGUUCGUCAAUCCGGCUUUGAUUGACUAGUUCGCACCUGAAAUUGCAGAAAUGUGCGAACUGUGAAGAGGGAUUUUUUUCUUUUGGAAUGAACUUAAAAUUAAAUAUCCUCCAUCUAUCAAAUUAUUCCUAUUGAUUAAUCAACAAAAAAAAA